AAGCGGCGAGGCGGAGGCCAAUCGGCGGUGGCGCGGCGGGCUCCCCGGCAAAAUGGCGGCGUUGGUGGGGUGGACGUGGCUGCACUGUCGUAACUCGUGCCAUGCCCGGUAGCCGGCGGAAGGGGUCCUGCCUCAAGCCCGCCGCCCUAAGGAGGCGGAGUGGCGGGGGCGAGGAGCAGGUCACCCGGCGGCGGCCGGCGGAGCCCUCCGCAGAGGACGCGGCUGCGGCCAGCGGCGCGGAAGGCUGUGCGGGCCCGAGCCUGCCCGCGGGUGAGGCGCCGUGCGCGCCCCAGCCGUCGCCGUCGCGGGAGGCGGCGGUGCGCGGCGCUGCAGAGUCAUGUUUGCAUAAAACACCAAUGAGAUCGUUGAGUAGGAAAUCCCGAAUACCUACUUUCAGCUCUCCUGUUAAUGAAACGGAUGUUCAGCAAGAAAUCUUUUGGGAUCCUCAUUCACCAAUUGCACACAGACUAGGCACUGGAAAAACCAAACAGUCGACCAGUAGAUGCGCAGUAGAAAUCUCAGACAUUGUUAAUCGCAUCGCUCCUCAGGAUGAAAAAGCAGGCUGUAAUGAAGACUCCCUUUUAGGGACAUGGAUUGGUGAGGAUGCUAUUCCCUGUACACCUGGAGUAGUAAAAGUGCGACCUAGGACAAAGUUAAGUUGUACAAGAGAUCUUAAAAUAAAAAAUCCUGAAGAGGAACUCAUGAAAUUGGCUAAGGAAUUUGAUAAAAAUCUCAUAGAGCUAGAUGCUGUUCAGGAACAAAAGAAGCUUGGUCAUGACGUCAUCCAGACUGCCUCAGAGUCUUUAAAUCAUUCCAAAGCUAAAGUAAAUAGGAAGAACCUGAAAUCGCUCAUUGGUGAAGUUUCUGAAACAGAUACCGUUCUCUCCCAGAAACCAGUUGGACAGAGCACCGGUAUCCCUGCUGCAGAUCCCUGUCAAUCUAGCAGUCAGAAAUCUAUAGACCUUGAGGCUGAAGUAGCCCUUCAUGCUCUUUUUGACUGCUCUACCCAGAAGUGUAGUGGACAGUUGAGCCAAGGACUAUCAGGUAUAUCUUUAAAUAAUAGUUUCCAUGAAAAUAAAAGCACCUUGGAGGAGGAACACCUUCCUGAGCAACGUAAAGACACCCAACCUUGUAAUUCAGAGGUAUAUAAAAACAAUACUCUAUGUACACUAGGAAGCGCAAACCAGACUUUUCCAAAAUUUGAUACUCACACACGGACCAAAAAACAUCCUUUGAAGCCUGAGUUGGUGGCUUCCAGUAAGCUUGAUGGAGCAGUUAAUGACGACUUUGAUGACUGGGAUUCAGAUUUUUUGGCAGAUGACUCUUUUGUGAUGCAAAUAACCCAAAAUCCUGAAUUGAUAAGUACUGAAGAAGCACCACCAAUUCCUACAAACCCAUCUGUGCAUGGUUUCAGUGAUGCUAGCAGAACUAACGAAAGAAGUAGCCGCAAUUCAGUUCCUUGUUUGGGGAGUGUACAUGAAUCUAACAGUUUGCAGUUUUCUGCUUUGAAACAUCCUAGUAAAAACACAAGAAAUGCUGUAAAAUCUCCUUUACAAAAGCCAUAUAAGACACAAAACUCAAAGACAGAGACCACAUCCUUUCAUGGCAAAAGUAACACUAAACCAGAUAAAAUAAAUCCUGUUUGGAAGAGUGCCCAAAAUAGUGAUUUGAACUAUAUAUCUGUUUCAUUGCAAUCUGAAGUGAAGAAUGGAAAUGAAACUAUCCAGCCUAAAAGUGCCUCUCUUCCUGUUUUUCCUUCAAGAUCGAAUCCUCAUAGACAAUGGUCUGGAAAACCUGGGAAUAACACACAUGGUAUUUUCUGUGAAUCAUCCAGUGUUUCUACAAAUAUGAAACCUAAGGAUCUAACUAAAGUGAUUAACCAAGCUCAUGCAGCUCACUUAAAUCAAGUUGAAAUACCAAAGAAGUGUUCUCUAUCAUUUGAUGACUGGAAUGAACCAAAAUUCUCUGAUGAAAUAUUAGAUAUGUUUUGUGAAUCCAACAGUCUAUGGGAUGCAAAUUGUGAGGAUGAUGAAUUGCUGUAUCAGGUGUGUGAUGAUAUAGAAAAGCAGACUCAGAGCCAGGAUGUUAAACAAGGAAAUGAAAGAGCUAAAACUAUACAAGGAAGCAGUAUUAAUUCCAGAUCAAAUAUUGAUAACAGCUUCCCAGCAUCUAAACAGGGACUAUCUGAUCUCUUGGCACAAAAAACAAAUGCAAAACAGGAUGCUUUCUCAAUAUGCGGUUCCUGUAGGAAUUUGCCAAAGGUUCCACAUGGGCUGGCCACAACAGGUCACAUACUGAGCUGUAAAAAUGUCUCAAGUCCUCAAACUGUGAUCUCAGGUACUUCCACGGAGUGUAAAUACACACUGUCUAAAAACUGUCAUGAAGCUGCUUCUGAAGAUGCUACAAAGACUGUUGCAGGAAAAUGGUACAGGUCAAAUUCUGUGCCAGCAGGAGAGACUGGUUCUGAAGUAAGUCCUGUUAAUGCAGUAAAUAUUUUUGGUAGCAAAACUCUAGACAGCCCAGAUCUUUUGUGUAAUAUGGGGAGGAAGCCAAGUAACAGUUCUGGUAACAAAACAUCACUUAUGCCUUCAAAGUUUAAGUUCCGAAAGACAAAUAAUUUUCAGGGUGCUCUUCAUGUAGGGUCUGAAAAGGCAGGAAGUCAUUCUGGCAUUGGGAUUACUCUGCAGGUUUUGGAAGGAAGCAAGAAUCAGGUGAAUGUGACUUUGCACAGCAAGCUUGACGAUAAGAAGUCACCUUUCAAGAGGCACCUUUCAGAGUCUUUUGCACUGCCAGCAUCAGGUAUUUGUCUUUAUUAAUAAAACCAGAAAAUGUUCUCAAGCGGAGAUUGAAAGAAAAAAACAAGAAGCUCUUGCACGAAGAAAAUCCAGAAUGCAGGCAUACGUUAAAGAUGCCUGAAUUUGGAGUUUGUCUAUUGAGUAAGUUUUGGGGAGGGAAAUACUGUAAUGCUAGAAGACACUUUUUAAAUCCUGUUCACAGCUACCGACAGCAAACUUUUCUUGUUUCUCAAUUUAAGACAAUCUUAACCUGCACUAAUACUCUGGUGGUAUUUAGUCUUGUUUAAAAACUAUCAGUUGUAAACGUGUAGUCCCAAACUACCUUCAGCACAGUGAAGAUUGUGCUGAGUUCACAUACUGUUAUGUGUUGAAAUUGAAUAGUUUGAAAAUCACCAGAGCACGAAAGCAUUUGUAUACACACCUAAAUAUAUGUCAAAAACAGACUGUAUGUUUUUCGGCUGUAUUUCUCCUAUUGCAAGUAUUUUAAUUUCUAAGACUCUCAAGUACAUUCAGACUAAGAAAACGUUUGUUCUCAGGUAGAAGAAAGUUUUUAAGUUCUUGUUUAAAGAAAAUACAAUCUAGAAAACACCCAACAUUGGAAAACUAAUGGAAAUGAGCAGGAAUUGGAAAGUGUGCUCAGUUUGUCUUCAUUACCUUAGGUAAGAACUGUACAUAGCAAAGGAAAAAUUUAAUGCAAAAGUUUCAUAAUGUGAAAAAGUGUCCUGCAAAUUAUGUUUAAAUUUUUUUUUUCUUUUUCAUUUUUUAAAUUCCCUUCAUGAAGAGUUAGGAAUACACCAGCUGACAAAAUUGGAUCACCUCUCUCUAAACUUGUGUUACCCAGCUAAUUAAAAAAGGUUGCCUAUGUCAUUUUACCAAACCUUGCGCAAUAUAUAAUACAUCAGAUGAAAUCUCAACAGCUGUGAAUCAGUUUAGCCUUAUGGGUUGUACAUAUUUUUCAAACUAAAGGCUGUUAAAACAUAAAAAUGCAAUGUCAUGUCAGCUUAACAGGGGCUGAUAGAAUUUUUUAUGUGAUAGAUGGGUGCAGAGCUCAAACUGCAAAAACUGCCUGUGGGUAAGCUGCAAGAUAUUUUUCAACUGAGAAAUGCUUAUAUGUAAACAUGUGACACUGAAAAGUGACUGUAAUUUUUCUUUGUAAAUAAAUAACUUUGAAAUGUACCAAAGGUUAGAGGAAGCUUUUGGUUUCUGUAGUAUGUGCCAUUUUUGUAACUGCUAAAAAUGUAAGUACUGUAUAUUUGUAAAGCAUCAUUAAACUUUUUUUAUGUUUUU